AUGGCGUGGAGCCCUGGAGAAGAGGAUGCAAAACUGGCAAGGGCAAACGGCCACAAGCUGCAGCAGAUGCUUCAGCCCAUCACAUCUGCCCCUGAGACCUCCUUCUUGGACAUCUCCUGUGUCUUUGCCGAGACCAGCGAAGGGAGCGACAUUCAGUUUGAGCCUCGGCGAUGCUGGACGACCGAUGGCUCCUCGACGCCAGCGCCGGUUAGGCGGCGGAGCAUCUCCUCCUUCGCCCCCAUGGAGGCAGGGCCCAGCACGCAGAGCCAAUGGACUCCGCUGGCUCCCAUGGGUCGCUUCCGACUUGUUUGGGACGUCAGCAGCAUUGUGUGCCUUACCCUGGACGUAAUACUGUUGCCGCUUCACGCCUUCUCACAAUGGAAAGCUGCGGCUACGCUGACGGUAUUCGAGAUGCUGCUGCAGCUCUUCUGGGCGGUAGACAUUGCCGCGCCUUGGUUUUGGCGAUCGAUUGAUUCCGAAGAUUCGAAAAGCAAGCAAAUGGGCCCGCUUAGGAAGAACUACAUCCGUGGCUGGCUGUCAUUUGAUGUGCUUUACGUUGCCCUGGGCCUGGCAUGGGUGGUGCUACAGCUAGCCAACCCCACACAGGCUGCUUUAAGCUUCGUGACUGCGCUGGGCUGCAUGCAGCUCUUCCUGCGGCUGAUACGCCUCAUGAGGCUGACCAAGAUGGCAGAGUCGUGCAAAACCCGACUUACCUCUGACAUUCUGAUCGCCAGCGCCAGCAUCCUUCAGCUUUCGGCCCAGAUCUUGCUCAACCAUCACGCUAUUGCCUGCAUCUGGUACUAUGUUGGCACGGUCGCGGGGAGUGCCGGCUGGGUGGCAGUGAACAACGUGGACAGCCAACCUGUGCUCUACCGCUACACCACGUCGCUGAACUACUUGUUCUGCCAGCUUGGCUUUGGCGGAACAGGCAUUGAGCCUGGGACAACGUUGGAGCGGCUUUUCGGGCUCUUCACAGCAGUGCAAGCGCUGGCGAUCUUUUCCACCCUUGUGGCAUCUCUAACCUCACACGCAGCAUUCCUGAACAAGUCUGGCGAGGAGCGGCGUAACGAGUUUCGCUUGUUGCGGAAGUUCCUGGCACGCAGUCAAGUGGAGGAGGAUUUGGCUCAGAGGAUCCAGCGCUUCCUUGAGCACGCUCAUGCCCUGACAAAGGAGGUCGUUGACGAGAUCCAAGUCCCGCUGCUCAGGCUGCUGUCGAAGCCGCUGUGGCGAGAGCUCCACUACGCUAUGUACAAGCACUGCUUGGGAGAGAUAGGCUUCGUGCGUUCACUUUCCCGGUGCAGUGUCAGCGACGACUUGAAUGCGGAUGCCACACGGCAGCUCUCGCAGGCACUGUCACAGCGUUUGCUGGCAGCCGGGGACACGAUUUUCGAGUCUGGCAGCUUGGCGCUGGAUGCUUAUUUUCUUAUCAAAACAUCCGUGUACAAUCUAGGCCAGCUGCGGCAGCCGGUGUCCGAUUGCUGGGUGGCUGAGAUGGGCCUCUGGAGCCCCUGGUGCCACCUUGGUGAACUGGUCACCACGGAGGCCUCCGUCAACGUACGCCUGCAGGUGGAGAAGUUUGCGGAAUGCCUUCGCCGGUCAUGGUCUCUGCUGCAGCUGGCGCAGCACUACGCUGCAAAGUAUGUUCAGGUGAUGAAUGAGACUGUGAGGAUUACGGACCUGUGGCAGUGUCCUGCAAGCCUCGGUGGGGAUGCUGUGCCCUCUCUGUGGCCUGGCAGCUUCAGAAGGAAAUGUCACCGGUAG